AUGAACGCAAAAGAAGAGCCAGAGAUGACAGGAAUUAGUCAUGGAGGUCAAGUAUCGGGUGAGGCUGAAGCGAUGAAGACUCUCGAGAGGGAAGCUACUUCCUCAAAGGGGAAGAGUACCAGCAGAGCUCCUUCGGCGAAAGACGAUCUAGAGGCUAACGAGUAUCAGAAGCCUGAGCACGGCGACAAACCAGAGCAUCUGCCUGAGAACCACAGGCCAGGAUGGAAGAGGCUGAUCUCACAUAUCGGACCUGCAUUCCUCGUUUGCAUGGCUUUUAUAGAUCCCGGAAGCGUGGAAACAUUGUUCCAAACUGCAUCACAAAAUCAGUACCAGUUGCUAUGGGUUAUCCUUCUUGGGUUCAUCCUGGUUUUCUUAGUCCAGUCUCUUGCAGCCAAUCUUGGAGUAGUAACAGGAAUGCAUCUUGCAGAGCAUUAUAGGCUUGAAUACCCCAAAUAUUUGAAUUAUUGCUUCUGGAUAAUUGCUGAGGCUGCUGUUAUAGGAGCUGACAUAUCAGAAGUCAUUGGAACAGCCUUUGCUCUCGACAUAUUGCUGCAUAUUCCCGUCGGGGUUGGUAUUCUGCUUACAGGCUUGAUUCCAUUUAUUAUUGUUGGACUGCAAAAAUAUGGGUUCCGGAAGGUGGAAAUGGCGCUGGCAAUGGUGGUGUUCGUGAUAGCUGCGUGCUUCGUUGGGAAGCGUCCAUACAUGAAGCCCAAGCCUUCGGAGGUGUUUAAAGGCUUCAUCCCUGGAUUUAAGAAUCGAGACACCGUAGCUAAUGGCAUUGCCUUCUUAGAGCUCUUAUCAUGCCCAUUGGUUCUCACAAGAAGACCUCCUCAGUCUGUCAAAGGAAUAAAUGAUGCCUGCCGAUAUUUCGGCAUAGAGAGUGCACCACCAAUGGCCCUGGCCCUAUUCAUCAAAAUCGUUGCCGUCGUUGUCGCUGGAAGCAUAAGCUUUGCAAGUAGUACCUCGCCGGCAUCAGCAGCUGCACGCAAGGACCUUACUCUAUACAAUGCGGCCAUCUUAUUGAAGGAUGUAUUAGGAAAAUGGAGCAGACUAGUCUAUGGCAUCUCAAUAUUGGCAUCAGCACAACGCUCUGCUCUUACUGUUGGAUGUUCUGGGCAAUAUGUCACGCAAACCAAUCCCGGCAUCAUGUUUUGGAUCCUCAGGGCCAUCUAUGGAGAUCUCUUGGAACUGUAUAGAUUCAUGGAUGCCGCCAACUUGGGUGGUGUUAUUUCAUCUACAGACAACAGGCUUCCUUCAAAAGAAGAUGAAGAAAUGGAUCACAACAGUUGUGACAAGAGGAGCUGCAAUCCUACCAAGCUUGAUAGCUGCUCUAGUUGGAGGUCCAUCAGCUUGCGCUCGACUAAUCAUCAUAUCAUCAGUAUGUAUUUCAGAUAUCCUCCAUCUGAAUGCCAAGACACAAUGAUGCUCUCCUUUGAGCUCCCAUUUACCAUACUGCCCCUCCUCAGGUUCACCAGCAGCAGGAAGAAGAUGCGUUCAUACAAGAACCAUAUAGCUGUGAUAAUUGCAGCAUGGAUACUUGGAUUAUGUGCAGUAGGAAUCAAUGUUUACUAUCUAAGCGUAGGCUUUGUUGAGUGGCUGGUCAACAACAAGUUGCCAAAGGCUGCGUCAGUGAUAAUAGGGAUCACGGUGUUCCCCAUUAUGAUUGUCUACCUUGUAACAGCCGUCUAUGUUAUCUUCAAGAAGGCUGAUGUAACCACAGACAAGACGCCGCCGCCACUGCCAAUGGCAACCAGAAAGGACUCCAUGGGCCAGACCAUUGAGGAAGAAGAGGAGAUACCACACAGAGAGGAUCUUGUAGAGAUGGCGGAGAGUCAAUAA